UUUUCACAUAUCUCAAACUAAAUUAUCAAUUUUCUCAGAAUCCUCUCAUGUCUCGUCUCUUCAUCUCUCAUAUCUGGUCAUCUGCAAUCUUCUUUUCUCUGGUGGGCUCCUCACAUCUUCUUCUAAGAAACCCCUCUGUCUCUCCAACCACCGUUGAUAAGCUUCACCACCACGCUCCUUUUGGAACCAUUACGUCGUCACAAAAACACAUCAAUGCCUCUGCUCACAUAUCCAUCGUUACCCUCUCUCCUCUCCGGAGACACAGAAACAAGAAACAAAACUUCGUCACCUGUCUCCAUCUCCACCUUGUUUCAGGAUAAACAGAAGAUGAAGAACAUCAGGAGACGGAGAGAAGAGAGAAGAGUUGUAGUGAUGGAGAUGGCGGCUAUGACUGUGAUGGGAACUUGUCUCCAACUUGCUUUUAGUCUGAGAAUUUCGUGUGUCCUGUGUUCAUUUGAACUGAGAGAUACUUUUGUGUUUCAGAAAUUGAUGUAUCAGCAUGAAAGCGGUCUUUUCGAUUUUAGACGGACUGAAAGCUCUCCGUUGCUGCUUGUAAUUGACAAAAGAGAUGACCCGGUUACCCCAUUGCUUAAUCAGUGGACAUAUCAGGCAAUGGUGCACGAACUCAUAGGACUUGAGGAUAAUAAAGUUGACGUGAGAGCCAUUGGAAGUCUUUCAAAAGAUCAGCAAGUUCAGGAGUUGGUUUUAUCAUCAGAACAAGAUGCAUUCUUCAAAGCUAACAUGUAUGAAAAUUUUGGGGAUAUCGGAAUGAACAUCAAGCGAUUGGUCGAUCACUUUCAGCAGGUGGCCAAGAGUAACAAAAAUAUCCAGACAGUAGGUAAAUAUAUGAGGACAUGGCCAGAUUUGUUGACAGCUACCCUGAGUACAAAAAAAUGCAAGGCAACGUGUCAAAGCAUGUAACCCUGGUUACUGAAAUGAGCAAGCUAGUUGAAGCAAGGAAACUGAUGCUGGUUUCACAAACAGAGCAGGACUUGGCUUGCAAUGGUGGCUCGUGGAAUUAAGGUCUGUAUCUGAGAUUAUACCUCUCGAGGAACUUCGUAUAUCUCCCAAUAUAUGUCAUGUUGCUGACUUGUUGAAAAAAAAAAUUCAGGGGGUUGAGAAUGUAUACACUCAACUGCAGCUAGGUUUUUUUUUAGAUUUUUUUUUUAAACCUGGUUUGUAUGUAAACUGGUUUAGUUUGUAAACCGAAAUUUUUUGUAAUCUGGUUUAAUUUAUAAACCGAUUGUAAACCAAAAUUUUAAUAUAAACCAAAAUCAUUUAUAAACCG